UUCCAAGGAUGCGACAAACCAAACCUGUGUGAUAGCUUUCAGCUGUACGACUCAACGGCGAGAGCGAUUGUCAAGGAAUUAAAUUAUUGAAUGCAUUAUUGCUCAAGUCACCGUCUUUCUUAAAGAAAAAUAAAUCGGGCUAAAAACGAGCAGGUUGUUUUACUUUUAAAUGCGAGGGUGUAAAAUCAACACGACAAGCUCUUGCGUUAGCUCGCUUGCUAGUCAGCCUUUGUUCCACAUUCAGACCAGCAUGGCCAUGAUUUAGGAUUUAACUUUAAACUCUGUUUAACUGUUCUGUCAAAUGAAACUCGUUGCGGCUUUUGUUGCAUUUUGUUUCAAGUGAAAUCUUGCAGGAAGAUAUUAGAUUAUCGUUGUGUGUUUAUAUGAAUAGCGUAUCGGCUCAGUCGUGCACAGCUUGCGAUGGAGCGAUGCGCGGCUCCGCGGCCCAAGAGCACUUCCCCACCGGACCCGGUGACAAGUACUGGGAGCGCAGCGGAGACCGGGGGAGACGCCGAUGUUUACGAGUGUCGGAUUUGUGGUUAUAAAGUGACAAACGUUAAAUGUCUCAGUCAGCAUCUACAAGCCGCUCACCCAGUUACCAGCCUUCCUGACUCGAGCUCGCUGGGAAACAAGAGAUGUGAGAGACAAGAGGCGUGUGGAGGAGGUGUGGGCGAUGAUGGGAAAACAUCCUCCUUGAAUGGCGAUUUGGCGAGUCCUGUUAAGGAAAAACCGGUCACCCCUGAGCGAUCUGAAUCUCCUUCACUUCACACCCCUGAAGAAUCAAAUGAGACCUCAUCCUCCACAGCGACUCAGGAACAGGAAGAGAGGAUGGAAGUUUCGCCUGUUCCCAAAGCCACGCAGAGCUCAUCCCUGCUGUUAUCACAGGAGAAGUCCCACUGCUCUUCAGGGUCUAAGCACACAUGUGACAAGAGGCUUACUGUACCAUCUGGUUCAUCCAUCCAUAACCCGACUAACCUGGUCUGUCUGCCAUUGGUCUCAGAGGGACUGAAGCUUAUUUGGGUGCGCUCAGAACAGAUCCAACAGUUGGAUGAAGUAUCUGAUCUUGUCGAAGCGUUUAACGCAUUUCCCUACCCCACAUCGCAGGAGGCGAGCGCUCUAGCUCGCAAGUGUGCGUUACCACCAGACCGAGUGAAAACGUGGUUCAUGAUGCAACGGGUACGCUACGGAAUCAGCUGGGGUGAAGACGACAUCCAAGAAACCCGACGCAAGCUGUGCCACAUUCAGAAGGGAACAGAACCCGAGGAAUGUGAGGAAGUCAACGAUGAGGAGCAAGAGAGAAGGAGCUUAGAUGAAAUGCAGCAGGUUUUUAAACAGCCUCCUGUUGCAGAGGCCCGUAUGGAGCAGAGAGAGCACACACCUAAACCGAACCACACUGUUCCACUGCACACAAUCAGUGACCAAUGCCGCUUUGAUGUCAGCCAGAAUAAUAUUGACUCGCAAUCUAACAAUCAUGGUCAGCAGUUACUUAGUUCAAAUGUAGUCUUCAGCAAUGGUCUUGAACCUUUAUCCCAAGCUCUUCAGAUGAAUUCCUAUUUGCACAGUGAACGUAAAAACGUACCUCCUCACAAUAUUGGAGUCCCGGUUUUUGAUGCCUAUAGACAAACACCGAACAUGAUUAUGAAUGACCAACACACAGCAGCUCAAUAUCAUUCAGGACCAAACCCUCUACCCCAGUCCUUCCAAAGCUUUUCAGGGAAAAAAUCUAAAGCUCAACUGAUGGCCUUGCGCCGCAGUUUCGUACGGAAGUCUUGGCCCUCUGACGCCGAAGUCCAGCACCUCCAGAGAACGACUGGACUCAGUUGCCGUGAAAUUCGGAAAUGGUUUGCCGACAGCCGGUACCAGCUUCGCAGAAAUGGCCGCGCUUGGCUGGCCAAGCUCGCAAAGCACAAUCGCUCAUUGCAGCAAGCUCAACAAGACUCCCUGGGUCAGCUGGAUAAUGACAGUCUACCAAGUGGCAGUUUGUAUAGCAACAAUGAGGUUGAUAACCCUGAGGCACAAUUUGAGGUAGAUGUGGAUGAUAGUGAAGGGGCAGUCAACCAAUCGAAUGAGAGCAGACAGGAAAUAAGUGACGAAGGUGAGUUGGAUGACAACAAAAGUUCCAUUCAACAGUACUCUGCGGACCGCUCCACCUCUCCUCCUCCUCUGUCUUUUGCACGCGGCCGAGUAGAACCAAGCGUGCGACUACGUAAGAAAACAAGAGAACAGUUGGAAAUUUUGAGACAAAACUUCCUUCGCUGCCAAUGGCCCACAAAUGACGACUACUUGAUUCUUCAGCAGAAGACGGGCCUGACAAAGACAGAGAUUAUUCAGUGGUACGGAGAUACCCGUUAUCACGUCAAACACAAUCAGAUGCGCUGGAUGACUUCACAGGAGAGACAACGCAUCAUUGCCGCCGUAACUCAACAGCAGAAAAGGAGCGGGAAGUACUCACGGGGCAGACUCUUACUGGAGGGCAUGGGCUCAGGGUUGGGUUUGGGAGAUUCUGCUUUUGUUAAUGGAAGCGGUAGUGAUAAGCCAACAUCAUGGAAUGAACUUUUUAGCGGAAGUACCCCAGUUCUGCCCGAGGGCAAGCUUUGACCUGAGAAGCAAAGUCAGUUUGUAAAGGCAUUUGUAGCUGUGCAGAUAGGUGGAAACUGAAUUCCACAUCACUGCCAAAGAAAGUUUUUCCCUCUUAACCGUCUUGUUAUCUCCACCCAUAAUGCUAUGAUCCAGGGCCUUGUAGAACCUCUCUCACAACUUUGUUAUGCAAUAUGUAUCGCUAAGCAUCUUACUUGAAUCAAAAAUAUUUAGUAUUAGGUUAUGUACCUAAAGUGAUUAAUACAAUAUGAUGUGCAGCAAGGCACUGAGUUACUGUAAAAUGUAUUAUCUUGUUUAAUUAGAGUUGUAUUAAAUUGUGAUUCUCGGUGUGAUUCAACAGAGCGAGUGCAUGUUUGUUUGCCAUUUCUAUGUUUAAGGUGCACUUUGAGCUUGGAUACAGUGGCAAGAAAAAGUAUGUGAACCUUUUGGAAUUUCAUUGUUUUUUUAAUAAAUUUGUGAUGGAUGAAGAUCAGAUCACAUUUUAAGUCAAGGGUAUUGACAAACAUAAUGUGUCUAAAAAUAAUAACACAAAAAAAUCUGAUCUUUCAUGUCUUUAUUGAACACACUCAUUCAACAUUCAAAAUGGCAGUGGAAAAAGUAAGUGAACCCUUAGAAUUACUAGAACUGGUUGACCCCCCUUGGCAGCAAUAACCUCAACCAGGCGCUUCCUGUAGCUGUGGAUCAGACCUGCACAUCGUUGAGGAGGAAUUUUAGCCCAUUCUUCCUGGCAGAACUGCUUUAGCUCUGUCAUAUUCUUUGGACGUUUCAUGUGUAUGGCCCUCUUCAAGUCAACCCAUAGCAUCUGUAUUGGGUUGAGGUCUGGGCUCUGACUUGGCCACUCCAAAAGGCGGAUUUUGUUUUUCUGAAGCCAUUCUGUUGUGGACUUGCUCCGGUGUUUUGGGUCGUUGUCCUGUUGCAUCACCUACCUUCUACACAGUUUCAGCUGACAUACAGACAUUCUCACAUUAUCCUGAAAAAUUGUCUGAUAUACUUGGGAAUUCAUCUUCCCCUCAAUGAUUCCAAGCUGGCCAGGCCCUGAUGCAGCAAAGCAGGCCCAAAUCAUGAUGUUUCCUCCACCAUACUUUACAGUUGGGAUGAUGUUUUCAUGAUGAUAUGCCGUGCUCUUUCUACGCCAGAUGUAGUGCUGUGUGUUUUUCCAAAUAGUUCAAUCUUAGCUUCAUCAGUACACAAAACAUUUUGCCAAUACCGCUGUGGAGUGCCAAUGUGCUCUUUUGCAAACUUCAGGCGUGCAGCAAUGUUCUUUUAGUAAGCAGUGGCUUCUUUCAUGGUGUCCUGCCGUGGAUACCCUGCUUGUUCAGUGUUUUACGUAUUGUAGACUCAUGAACAGAGAUGUUAGCAAGUUCCAAUGAUGCCUACAAAUCUUUGGCUGUCAUUCGGGGUUGUUUCUUUACCUCAUUGAUGAGUCUUCGUUGUGCUCUUGCUGUCAUUUUGACUGGGUGCCUCUACUUCUUGGUAGAGUAGCAACAGUCCCAAUGAUACUCCAGGUGUGCUAAAAGCUGACUCCAAUUAGCUUUUUUAGGUCAUUAACUCAAGGGUUCACAUAUUUUUUCCACAAGCACUACAAGGUUUUUUGGUUGUUCUCAAUAAAGCCAUGAACGAUAAAAAAAAUGUUGUGUUAUUAUUUUAAACACAUUUUAUUUGUCAAUUCCCUUGACUUAGAUGAAGAUCAGAUCACAUUUUAUGACAAAUUUAUUCAGAAAACCAUGAAAUUCCAAAAGGUUCACAUACUUUUUCUUGCCACUGUAUGUAGAUGUUUGCUUUUAUAAAGGGUCAGUUAUAUUUAAGGUUUUUUAGCAUAACUCCAAAGCUUUAGAUCCACAGUGCUCUCCACAUGUUUCCAAUAAGGUUCUGUUUUAGGAAACAGCCAGGUGAAAUGAUGUACUAAUUUAUUUACUCGGGUUAUCUUUCCCCCAAACAUGACAACCUUUGGUUUUUUUUAAUUGAAAGAAAACACAUGAGUUGUAUUAAAUAAAACGUUUAUUAGUCUAUGUAUGCAUUAAGUGAGCUGACUAGAGACUGUCCUUUUUGUGCUCAAGCAUUUUCUACAGACUUGGUUUUAAUAAA